GCGAACAUCACAAUUCUAUAACUCCAGGAACAAGCAAAAUACACAUACCCAUACAUACACGCCACACUGUGGAAAUAUCAGAGGCCAUGGGAUUAUAAACAUAGAACGCUACCUCUCCAGAGGUGAAGAUUCUUACUGUGGUGAAUAAGGACCUCGAUACUUUGGGGUGAAGGGGAUCCACCCCCUGCCUCCUCUAGACAAUUUAAUGUUGGCCCUGCACCAUAAUGCUGGUCAACAAGUAAUAACUCAGUGGCCGUCAAACAUGAACAAUACCACUUUUGCACCACUGGCCCAAAAUGCAACAGAAGAUUUGGGAUUUGAGGUUUGGGAGGUGGUUGUCAUUGUCAUUACCACCGGCAUUCUCUCGCUGGUCACUGUGAUUGGGAAUGUCCUUGUCCUUCUGGCCUUCAAAGUUAACAGUGACUUGAAAACAGUCAGCAACUACUUCCUUCUAAGCCUGGCCUGUGCUGAUGUCAUUAUUGGUGCCAUAUCGAUGAACCUAUACACAACGUAUAUUGUAAUGGGAAAAUGGGCACUUGGCAAUAUAUCCUGUGACAUUUGGCUGGCACUGGACUAUGUAGCCAGUAAUGCCUCAGUAAUGAACCUACUGAUUAUCAGCUUUGACCGCUACUUUUCGGUUACCAGGCCUUUGACUUACAGAGCUAAGAGGACACCCAAGAGAGCAGCCAUAAUGAUUGGCCUUGCAUGGUCCAUCUCUUUUGUACUAUGGGCACCUGCUAUUUUGUGCUGGCAGUACAUUGUGGGUGAGAGGACAGUGGAGCCAAAUCAAUGUUACAUACAGUUUCUUUCACAACCCAUCAUUACCUUUGGCACUGCCAUUGCUGCCUUCUACUUGCCAGUCACCAUAAUGAUUAUACUGUACUGGAGAGUUUACCGCGAAACAGAAAAUCGCAGCAGAGAGUUGGCAGGCCUGCAGGGCUCAGCAUCGGAAACUAUUGUGCGUCCGCUGGCUAUGGGCAGUGUCCGAAGCGGCAGCAGUAGUGGAGCAGGAGAACCGGAAAAGCUAUCCAGAUCACAAGUAAUUGUGCCGAGGGUGAAACGAGCAUGCUGUUUUCCUCGUCGACUGACUCCAAACCCUUCUCUUAGGCGCUAUCCUGAGCAUCGGAGUAAUGGGAGCUGGAAUACCAUGGAAGACGCAGCCUCAGCAGAUUCACUCUCAUCUUCUUCUGAUGCCGAGGAACGUCCAUUUGAGAUGAAGAACAUUUGCUCGGCCGUCAUACGGUUACCCAUGGUCAGCUCUGUAGUGGGCACUCCGACAGGUUCCCGGGGCUCAAAUGACAACCUUGGGCGGGGGGAUGUUGAGAGGGAGCCCAAUGGAGGGAAGCAGGAUCUUUGCAGGAAAACAUCCAAGGCUCAAGUACCUGCUUUGCCGUCAACAGUCAUCAAAGCCAAGAUAGAAAAGAACCGUCAUGGUAAAAGAAAAAGCAACUCAAUAAUAAAGGAAAAAAAGGCAGCAAAGACACUGAGUGCAAUUUUGCUUGCUUUUAUUUUGACUUGGACUCCUUACAAUAUUAUGGUGCUGGUGUCCACAUUCUGUAAGGACUGCAUCCCACAAUCAUUGUGGGAUUUGGGUUAUUGGCUUUGUUAUGUUAACAGCACUGUCAACCCAAUGUGCUAUGCACUCUGCAACCGCUCUUUCAGACGCACCUUCAAGAUGCUGCUUCUCUGCCGGUGGGACAAGCGGAAGUGGAGAGCGCACAAACACCCAGUAUCUUCCUUCACGACACCCUCGCAGUGAUGGACACAGAUCACCCUGGAGGAUACAGCUAAAGUUCUGCUUUGUUUGCAUGCAGAACGGAACCAGAGGCCAUGUGUAGUAAAAUGCAUGUGCAUCCGAGUUGGAGUAGUGGCAUCCCAGCCUCCCUUAGAACAUGUUAAGGGAUGGAAAGACGGGAGAGCAAUGGCGUAAUCACUUCCACAGAAAUUACUUAAUCAUCUGUGUGGACAUUUCCUGGAUGCAGCCUGUCUGUCGUGGAUUUUAGCAUGCCUUGAAUAUGAUAUUUAGAACUGAAUGAAGGGCAAUGGGAGAUUAAGGGGAAGGCCAAUCUAUGUUUUCAAAAUAAUGAUUUCCCCUUCAUAUGGAGAAAGAUGAUGUGCCAAACCAAACAAAGACAGGCCAAAGAACAUGAUAAGAUUUUUUUUCUACUGUUUACAAAGGGGGAGCUGUGUAUUUAUUCUGAUUUCAACUAAAUAAAAAUAUUAUAAAGACCUCAGAUCUAUUUUUAUUAUACAAGCCUAAUGUAUCUGUUGCAUUGUACUCAGUCGUCAAAUCUUUACAUGUUUAUCACAGCUUUCUA